AUGGCCGACACUGUUAUGGCUGAUGCACCGUCAAUGAACAGCGCACCUGCUGGAGAUAUGAAGCUUGGCUCUGAGGCUUCGAUAAGAUCGAAGCUGAUUGCUGAGCUGAAUGCUGGGCUGGACUCAGAGCAACAAGGGCUGACAUAUAUUGAUCUCCAGGAUUUAUCUGGUGGUUGUGGACAGGCUUGGCAGGCCACAAUCGUGAGCACAAAAUUUGAAGGCAUGAACUUGCUCAAGCGACACCGAACUGUCAACAAGAUCUUGAAGGAAGAUAUCGAUGAGAUCCAUGCCUGGACCCCGAAAUGCUACACUCCGGCCCAAUGGGAAUUAGCCAAUUCGCAGAACUAG